CAAAGAUAUAUAUUAUUAACACUUGAACCAAAAUAGAAAAGUUAGGAUAUAUAUGAUAUAAGCUUUCAAUCAACUCCCUUCAUCUCUCCAGAGAGCUUCAUUCCCACCAAGAGACAAGCAUCGUCGGAAGAUGGAGAUCACAAACGUUACCGAGUAUGACGCCAUCGCAAAGCAGAAGUUGCCUAAGAUGGUUUACGACUACUAUGCGUCUGGUGCAGAGGACCAAUGGACUCUUCAAGAGAACAGAAACGCUUUUGCAAGGAUCCUCUUCCGGCCUCGGAUUUUGAUUGAUGUGAACAAGAUUGAUAUGGCAACAACCGUCUUGGGGUUCAAAAUCUCCAUGCCGAUCAUGGUUGCUCCUACUGCCAUGCAAAAGAUGGCUCACCCUGAUGGGGAAUAUGCUACGGCUAGAGCUGCGUCUGCUGCUGGAACAAUCAUGACACUUUCUUCAUGGGCUACUUCUAGUGUUGAGGAAGUUGCUUCCACAGGGCCAGGGAUCCGAUUCUUCCAGCUCUAUGUAUAUAAGAACAGGAAGGUGGUUGAACAGCUCGUGAGAAGAGCCGAGAAAGCUGGGUUCAAAGCCAUUGCUCUCACUGUAGACACCCCAAGGCUAGGUCGCAGAGAGUCUGAUAUCAAGAACAGGUAA